CGUCUCGGGAGGCCCAAUUCAAAUCGGCGAGGCUGGAGACUUGAAGUUACAGGGGCAAAUCGGCAAUAAAACAUUAAAACCCUAACUGCAAACCCUCGCCUUCUCUUCCAUAUCUGCGGCGCUCCAUAGCCCUGCCGUCUCUAUCCAAUCCAAUCUACAAUCGAAUUGAAGAGAACUGAAGAGAAUGAGUAGAGGUGGAGCAGCUGGGGCCGGUGGAGCCAAGGGGAAGAAGAAGGGAGAAACAUUUACGAUUGAUUGCUCGAAGCCAGUCGAAGAUAAGAUUAUGGACAUUGCCUCUCUCGAAAAGUUCCUCCAGGAACGCAUCAAGGUCGGUGGCAAAGCCGGAGUUCUCGGUGAUUCCGUCACCGUCACCCGUGAGAAGUCCAAGAUCACCGUCACCUCCGACUCCCGCUUCUCCCAACGGUAUCUGAAAUACUUGACAAAGAAGCACUUGAAGAAGCACAAUGUGCGGGAUUGGCUUCGGGUCAUUGCUUCCAACAAGGAUCCUAAUGUUUACGAGCUAAGAUACUUUAACAUUGCUGAGAAUGAAGGGGAGGAUGAAGGAUAGAAUGUACCUAUUUGACCUUUCCAUUCCCCCAAUCUCCUUUUUGUGUUUUAUUUUGUUCCACACUUCAUCUAGGUUCUUUUUUUUUUUUUAACUUUUUCGAAUAUUUUGAAUUUGAAGAACUUGAAAAUUUUUCAAAGCUAUUUGCCAUGUUGAAGUUUUAUUUUUGCCCAAUUGAAACAAGAAUGCUUGCCUCG